AUGACUCCCAAACGCCGCCCCUCAAAGACAUCUAACAAACCCGACGAGCUACCACUGGUGCCAACUCCACCGACUCCUCGUCCCCGCUGUGACCCCCAUGACAAAUUGAUGAAGCGGUUUUACGAAGCACUCGUGCUCCAACACGUCCUGGGCAUCACCCGUGGGGACCACAUCCCUCGCCCGCUGCCUGACGUCCAACAUGCAGAAUAUCUGGACGGCAUCAGCCUUAGGCGUAAUUUCUUGGAGAAGCUUGCGUUCGUCUGCGAUUAUGAAAAAGGAGGUGCGACUGUCACGGCCAUCGCGCUCCAGCAGACGCCCGCUGCCGUUAUAUUCUGGGUUGCAGCAAACGAAGACGUCAAGAGCAAGGUCAAGCCAUUCUUGGAAACCAUCUUGAGCAGCUUGGAGAAACUGUACUCAAACCCAGCGGAGAGCGUUAUAAAAGAGGCAGAAGACGAGAUUUUCAGUCGAGUUUGGGAAUUUGCGGAUUAA